GCAGAGAUCAAAGUCAGGCUUGACCAGGCUAACGAUUCUAAAAAUCCGUAAACCAGGAAUAGACAUUCACCUCUGUUGAUGAACACUGUAUUUCCGAACAGCAGUAUGGGUAUCAGGCAGUACCUGCUUGAAGAUAUCAAUAUGCUACAGGCUGCGUAUAUUUUAUCAUCUCGGAUGCCCUACUCCGAACCCGCGGAAGCGGCAAACGUGCUUUCCUCCGCUUGUCGCUAACGUCUUGGAAGGGCGUGCACGUGGGGUUCCAAGACGACCUCUUUUCAAACAUUCAGAACUUUUGCACAUGAACAACAAUCAAUCGACAUGGCGAAUACAGCUCAUCCUCCAGCCUCGGAGCUUGAUCACAUACCAACAGUAUGGCUGCUCACCGGCAUUGUCGUCUUCCCGUUCUUGAUCUACCAGUUGCUGGGGUUCCUUAGCCCUCUGAUCCACAACCUGACAGCUAUGCGCAUAUCCGAGAUAUAUGUGUACCCGAUCAAGUCACUUCGCGCAGUACCUCUCAAAGAAGCAGUCGCCACCAAAUACGGCUUCGAACAUGAUCGGACAUUCAUGCUUCUGAAGAAGAAAGAUGACGGAACUUGGGAGAACAUGACUAUCGGCCACUUUUCGGACAUGUCGCAGUUCAUUCAAGAGUUUGAGAAUUACGGCACAAAUGACGCUACCAUCAAAAUCACCUACCGCGCAUAUGGAGAUGCGGACAAGGCCAAGACCAUCCGGAUACCGCUCGUGCCUGACACCGAGAAGCUUGAGAUUUUCCACGUAAACAUGCACAGCAGUCCCACCGAUGCCUUCAACAUGGGCGAAAAGUACAGCCAAUGGUUCACCUCGUGUUUCGGCUACGAAGUCAUCCUCGUCUACAUCGGCUCCGACAACAGGCGCCCCGUUAUAUUCGAAGACAUGCAGCCCCUCACCCCGGACCCUUUGACCGCUUUCUUCAAGAAGAACAUCCCGUUCCUUGGCCGCCAGGUGGAGAAGCUCAUGGGCAUCCGCCAAACCGAGCAAUGGCGCAUCAAAUUUCAGGAUUGUGCGCCCUUCCUCAUCACCUCCAAAACUUCUCUUGACGACGUGUCCUCGCGCCUCGACGGCGAAAAAAUGGAUAUGGUCAAGUUCCGCCCUAACAUUGUCAUCGAGGGCGCCAACGAGCCAUGGCAAGAGGAUUACUGGGGUAAGAUUAAGAUCAAUCAGAAGACCGAGAUGAUCCUGGCGCAUAACUGUGUGCGGUGCAAGAGUAUCAACAUUGACUACAACACGGGUAAACCUAGUGUUGGUCCAAGUGGAGAGGUCCUCAAGAGGCUGCAGAAGGAUAGGCGUAUUGACAUUGGCGCGAAGUGGAGUCCAGUGUUUGGACGGUAUACGUUCUGGGCGCCAGAUGCGCCGAAGAGCCAGACUAUCAAGGUGGGAGAUAAGGUCAAUGUCACAAAGGUGAACGAAGGGUUGACGAUCUGGAGCUGGCCCGGUUUAGCUUAGAUAUUACCAACCAUGAGGCUCUUGAACUAUCACUACAUCAAGCAAUAGAAACCAAAUGUAAGACCGACUUCGCUAUGUCCACAGCAGCUCCG